UGCUAAACAAUUUGUUCGACAUGUAUCGUGUUGUUAUAUUGAGCUUUGUAUUUGUAGUCGCUUUGGCUGAAGUUGACAAGAAACAAUGCUCACGUGUGUUCCACCCUCAUGCAAUGCACUGCUGCAAGAAAGGUCCCCCUCCAGAUGGGAAGCCCGAUGAUUUAUCCGAAUGUUUUCAGUUAUCAAGGGAUCCUGCUUCGUGUGAGCGCGACGCCUGUUUAGCUAAAAAGCGAGGUUUUGCCACUGACGAUGGCAAACUAGAUAAGACCAAAUUAAUGGAUGCUAUGGCUAAAGAUUUUGUGGACGACGCCAGUCUAAUAGAAGAUGUGAAGAAGAACUGUAUCAACGGAAAUUACGAGAGCUAUGCCCCACCAGAGUUCUGCGACUUUUUGAAAAUGAGACAUUGCCUUUCUAUGCAGAUGCUGAAUCAUUGUCCUGACUGGGAGGAUAGUUCCGACUGCAAGGAAAUCAAAGGAUUAGUGGCAGAUUGUGUGAAAUUAGUUUCGUAAAAUUCUUCUCAGUUUAAAAAGAGGCCGUGGAACGACGAAGAGCGAUGGAAAUUUCAAAUUAAAUUAAACUGGAGCACUUAAAA